GGGCGUGUACUCGAAGUUGUCAAUUUGGACGGUCAUCACAAAACAGUUCCAUUAACGCUGGCUGCGGUUGAAUCAGCCACUCAAUUCAUUCAAUAAUUGUUAUUUUUUAGACUAUCAGUUUAAAAUUAAGGUUAAGUUCGAGACAGAAAGUUAAAAUGGAUCCACUGAAAGUGAUAGCAACGCUCAUCCUAGCCAUCUCGCUGUUCAACAUUUGUGCCGCCCAUGAAUGCUACGUUUGCUCGAAUCAGACCGGGAACACGGAAAAAUGUCUGAAUACCAUUAAAACUUGCAACGAGGGCGAGGAAGCCUGUCUCACGGAGAUCCGGUGGGGCAGUACCCCGUACUUUUCGCUCGGAGCGCUGAAGCAGUUCUACGUCUCGAAACGGUGCGCCUCCAAGGAAGUGUGCGAGAAGACGCGCCGGAAGUACAUGCCCUACUGCACCCACAUCUGGUACGAGGAUUGGGCCUGCUCCGAGUGCUGCCUCGGGGAUCGGUGCAACUACUACGUUAUUAGUGGCUCCCCUCCAUCAACGAUGUCCAUGGCAGUGUUCCUGGGUACGAUGGCAUUCCUGACCAUAGCCAGAUAUCUCUACAAUCACUAACCCUAGCUGAGCUUCUGGCGACAAGAAGCGUAAUCAUCAAAGAUUGUAAUCAAUAACUAGAGGAACGGAAAUCUCUAAAGUGCCUACAUUCAUUGCGAUUUUAGAAGAUCUGAGCGUACACCAUUAGGUAGUUAGCAGUUAAAUUACCGAAAAUCGAAAGUAUUUUUUUAAUUUUCUAACGAAACAUUCCGAUUGAUUGAUUAAGAUUGUUUUCAAGCCGUACCAUUACAAAAGGUAAAGAAACAUAUCCGUCCCAUUGCUGUUAACUGUUACAAUACAAGUUAGUGGUUGAAAGUUAGCCUUUAUAUUUUA